AUGGCGAUGUCUGACAUCGACAACGUGAACUUCACCCUGGCCGUACAACUCUACGAGAUGUUACAUUUCCAGGGCGCGUUCGGCGGGUCCUCCUACGUCAUCGUCAUGGUGUUCUCGUUGCUAGGCAACGGACUCGUCAUCGGCAGCUGCGCGAUGAACCGGAAAUUCCGCACGAGCACGCACUUCCUGUUGAUGAAUCUCUCCGCGGCCGAUCUACUUUACAUCUUCGUCAUCUUCAUCGACGGAUCGACGCUGAUGCUGUGGAGAUGGCCGUUCGGUUCCGCCAUGUGCAGUAUCAUGUUCAUGGCUCUAAACGUUGCCCUCUACAUCCGCAUCUACACGCUGGUACUGCUCACCGUGGAGCAAUCCCUCAUGCUUUGCUACCCGGAGGUGAACCGCCGUCCGAUGUACUGGAUCAUACUGUCCGUGCUGUGGGUGAUGAUGAUCUUGUCUAACAUCCUCGGUCCGAUGACGGGACACCUCAUGGCCAACAACUUCUACCCGUGGGACGAUGCCCCGCAUCCUCAGUGUACGGUCUGGAUUGACGUGCUGUCGGAGUACUGGUGGGGUUUGUUCAUCUUUGCUUACUCCGUACCGCUGAUAGCGAUCGGCGUCGUCGAGUCUGUGAUGCUGCGCCGCUGGUUCUGUGACUACAUUCCAGCCCGAGCUUCGCCGAACUUUACCGAGAUUAAACGAACGACGAUUACGUGCGGCGUCAUGGUGAUGCUGUUCGCCGCACUGUGGCUCCCUCUAUACGUGACGAUGUUGACGAUACUGCGCAGCGACCCGGAGGCGGAUGGCAUCGUGCAGGUCAUCGAUUCGGGGUCAAAGGUCAUUAUCUGCAAGGUGAUUGCUUCCGUAGAGAUGUGCAUCAAUCCUCUGCUAUACGCCAUCAUCAUCCCGUCCUUCCGGCAUCAGUUUUGGCUGCUGCUGACGUGCGGCUGCUGCUGCGGCGACGACGCGGGGCGACGGAAGGCUCGUGGCGACGGCUGUACGGAGCUUCAGAACAUAGGCGACGAGCAGGCGACCGCUGAGGGCAGCCGCUGUCUGAGCGAGCAAGUGUACAGCAUCUCGCAUCUUCACAGCGUUCCCAGCACGUCGUACGCGCACCACGACCAACUCGUAUAA